AUGUGUAACCCUCGCUCACUACGCUUCUGUCUCUUCACAGGCACCUUGUGCAUUUCUGAACCCUGUUGUCUCAACAACCACCUCAUGGCAGCUUUCAACCUCACCCCCUCUGACACGCCAACAUUUAUCCUAACAGGCAUCCCUGGCCUGGAAGAUGCUCAUGCCUGGAUUGCCAUCCCUUUCGCUACUUGCUACACUUUGUGCCUGUUGGGGAAUUUCUCUGUUCUGUUCAUGGUGGGCAAAGAGCAGACCCUGCACCAGCCGAUGUACCUGUUCUUCUGCAUGCUGGCACUCACCGACAUUGUCAUCUCUACCUGCGUUGUGCCAAAGGCCCUGGGUAUAUUUUGGUUCAAUUUGAAAGGCAUCACUUUGAGUGGCUGCCUCACCCAGAAUACCUUCCUUAGCGUGGCUUCUCUAAUGCAGGCAGCUGUCCUGGUGGCAAUGGCCUUCGAUCGCUAUGUUGCCAUAUGUAACCCCCUGAGAUAUGCCACCAUCCUCAGCAAUGCACGGAUAGCCAAGCUAGGGCUGGUCAUUUUCAUAAGAGGGAUUCUCUGUGUGCUGCCUGUGCCCCUAAUGCUGAGCCGGCUGCCGUUCUGUGACAACCACAUCAUCCCUCACACGUACUGUGAGGGUAUCGCUGUGGCAAAGAUUUCAUGUGGGGACCACACAUUUUUAAUGCUCUAUGACUUGGUGAUGUUGCUUAUACUGGGUGGGAUAGACCUGACGCUCAUCGGCCUGUCCUACUGUUUGAUCAUCAGGGCAGUCCUCAGAAUCUCCUCCAAGAAAGCCCACCAGAAAGCCCUCAACACCUGCAUGGGCCACAUCAGCGUAAUGCUGAUGUCUUUUACUUUCUACCUCUUCUCCAACCUGACACACCGGUUCGGUCAGGGCAUUGCUCCCCAUGUUCACAUCAUCUUGUCCAAUGUCUAUCUCCUAGUCCCUCCCAUGCUCAACCCCAUCAUUUAUGGGGUCAAAACCAAAGAAUUCCAUGACAAAAUGAGGAAAAACAUCUUCAGAAGGUGA